AUGGCGGAUUUGAGAUGCUUUGGCUUUGCCUCCGCCGCACAUAAUAGCAAUCCGCCCGCUGUUGAAAUGCUAAAUAGAGACGUAAAACCAUGUGGACUCGUAUGGAGGCUAGGGGCCAGGCCUAUAAAUGCCCGCUAUUUGGCGCCCAAACUAUUUUCAAUCUCCUCUCUCAGAACUCCAAAAGUCAGAGACCGAGCGAGAGAGAUCGAGAGAUUCAAUACAAUUUAUAGGGUUUCUAGGUACAAGCAAUCGGUUUUCGAUUUCGAGAUGCAGAAAUUAGGGUUUCCAAGCAUGAAGACCUUGGAUCAGUUAAAAUCACCUCCAGGAUACGCUAAGAACUUCUCAUUCCAUUCGCGGCCAUCAACGGACUCGAUUACAUCGGGAAGUUUCGCAAAUUUGAAGAUCACUGCAGAGAAAUUGGUCAAAGAGCAGGCUUCUGUCAAAACAGAUCUGGAAAUGGCGAACACCAAGCUGAAGAAAUCAAUGGAGCAUAUCCUUGUGUUGGAGGAAAAAUUGCAGAAUGCGUUUAAUGAGAACGCAAAGCUCAAAGUAAAGCAGAAAGAGGAUGAGAAGCUGUGGACAGGAAUGGAAUCUAAAUUUUCUUCAACAAAGACUUUCUGUGAUCAAUUGACUGAGACCUUACAAUACUUAGCCGGCCAGGUUCAGGAUGCCGAAAAGGAUAAGGAGUUUUUUGAAGGCAAACUGUCUACAAGCUCAAAUGCUAUUGACAAUUUGAACCAACAACUGAAUACUUUAUUUCUGAAAUUAGGCUCUGCAGAGGAGACUAUUAGAACACGUGAAAGGCAACUACUGGAACUUGAAAUUGAAAAGGAGAAAAGGAAUAAGAUCUACACAGAAGAACAAUGCCGUACUGCCAGUCUCAUAGAAGAAAAAGAUGCCCUGCUAAAGAAGUUUGAAGCAACUGUAGUAGCUAGUAGAUUGGCUACAGAGGGCCUGAACUCUAAAUUGGAAGAGAUGAACCAUGGAUUGAGACUGAAAGAAGAUGAAAUUAAUAGUCUAAUGACCACUCAAGAGAAUUUGGAGAAAGAAAAGAAUGACCACCAAUUGAGAAGCAACGAUUUUGCUAAUAGAUUGGCCAUGUCACUCCAAGAGAUUAAAAACCUAGAAGGUUUUCUUCAUGCAUUGGCUACUCAAUUGGUUGAGUUGGAUAAACAAAGUUUGACUUUUACUAACAAGUUUGAUCAGCUAAACUCUGUCUAUGACAGUUGUUUUAAGCUGGCCCAACAGGAGAGAGAACUUGCUGUGAAGCAUGUCCAAAGACAGUACUCUCAGCUCCAUGAUGAGUUUUUGUCUGUAACAUCUGAAAAAGAUGCCUUGAAAUUGGUAAACCAGGAGUUAAACGAUAAGAUCAUUGAACUUCAGAAAGCCCAAGAGUCUAUUAUGGCACAGCUUUCAGAAGAAUGUCAGUCAGCAAAAGAGAGAAUUCAGAGAUUGGAAUCUGAAGCUGAAAUGCUGAUAUCAAAGAAGAAGGAAACAGAGAUGUUGGUUUCCAAAUUAGAGACGAAAAUUGGCACUUUGUCAGAAGGUUCGAAAUCAUCUGAGAAUAAAAUUCAAGAUUUGUUAUUGAAAAUUUCAGCAUUAGAAAUUGAGAACAAAGACAAUGCUGAGAAAUUACAGGAAGAGAUACAGAGAAAAGAAGAAGACAUAGAUACUUUGCAAAAGGAAAGUGAGAAACAUGAGCAACGUGUAGAUUCAUUGGAGAAACAGGUUUGCCACCUUCAUAGCGUCAUAGAGGAGAAGGAAAAGCUUAUUGUUCAAUAUAAGGAAAGAGAAAAGAAGUUGGAAGAUCAAAUCACUGAGAAUCAGGCAUCAUUGACUGCUGCUGAAAGCAAACUUAUAAAAGAAAAGAAGCAGCAUGAUAUGAUGCUGGAGAGCAAACAAUUGGAGCUAUCAAGACAUUUGAAAGAAAUAUCUCAGAGAAAUGAUGAGGCUAUUAAUGACAUCCGGAAAAAGUAUGAUAUGGAAAAGCUAGAGGUUGUUAAGAUGGAAAAAGAAAAGGCAGACAAAGUCAUACUAGAAAUGGAAAGAAAAUGUGACCAAAUGCUUGCUCAAUGCAAAGAAGAAUCAAGGCAGCAGAUGGUGUGCAUCCAGGAAGAGCAUGCUGCUGUGGUCUUACACAUUGAGCAGGAGUAUGAUAGAAAGGAGAUCAGUCUUAAAGCUGCUCACAGUGAAGAAUUAAAGUGUGCCCAACUCCAAGCUGAAAAUGAACUGAGAGAGAAAACAAUGCAAGUCAGGAAUGAACAUGAAGUUCAAAUAAAAGCUUUGAGGUGCCAGCAUGAAGAUGAGUGCAGGAAGCUUCAGGAGGAGCUGGAUCUCCAGAAGUCCAAGGUAGAUCCACAGAGGGCUUUGUUGCAAUUGCAGUGGAAAGUGAUGAGUAACAAGCCACAGGAAGAUCCAGAAGUGAAUUCGAAAAAGCAGGACUACUCUGUUUCAUCUAUUAAGAUGAGAGAUCCUGAUGGUGCUAAAAGAAGCCACAAUUCUUUGCGAAGCUUAGAUAUCGAAGACAAGGCUACACAAACUCCAGUGACCAAGUUAUUGAAGAAAGUAGAGACUCCUAACUCAGGAAGUGUAAUGGUUAUUCCUAAGCAUCAUAAGAAGGACCCAAGAAAACACAGGAGGACAAAUACUCCAAAGGCCAGAACUCCCAGAAGUGCUAUCAAGGGAGUUAAGGGAGGGGGCCGGGCAUGCCCAUCAAACAUUGGCGAUUUGUUUUCAGAAGGAUCACUGAAUCCUUACGCAGAUGAUCCAUAUGCAUUUGAUUAG